CACAAAAUUUCCCAUCUCUCUCUCUUUCUCUAUACAACUUUUUAGAAAGAAAGUAGGACCUGACAACGAUGAAGAUGAUGAUCAUCAUGAUCAUGGAGAUUCCUCUUUAGUUCUUCUCUCUAGUUUCUUUCUUCGUUCAUGUAUUUCCAUCGAUUUCUCUAUCUGUCAUUGAUCAACGAAUCUUCUCUGUUUUGCAGAUUGGUCCAAACCAAAACCAAAAACAAAACCUAAAAAGUCUCUUCCUUUUAUUCUUUUACGAUCUGUCGGUUUUUUCUAUCGUUCUUUUCAAGAUCUUCGUAAUUUUCCAGCUAUUAUUCUUACAAAUAUCGCCAAUUUUUAUGACAUCUCAUCGAAUUUAGCAAACCCUUUUGUCUAAAAUCUAAUCCUUGCGUCCCAAAAAUCAAAACUUUUUUAAUUUGUUUGUUUGCUCUGUUUUCGAUUUGAUUUGAUUAAAAUGGGUUGUGCGAGCUCGAAGAAUCGAAACCGUUGCCGUAAUUGCAAAGGAGGAUUAUCGCCGGUGAUUGUGCCACGAAGCUAUUCAAUGCACGUUCAUCAUCCAGCACAACACACCGGCGAUAGUUAUCACACGGUGGCUCUCACUUCCUCCACAAUCGGAUCUCUUAGUCUUUGUGAUUCUUCUCUCAGGCAUUUUCACAAACACUUGGAAGACUCUUUUUACAAGCAACGCGUUUCCGACCAAAUGGGUGAGGAGACGCUAAUCUCCGGUAAUGGGUUUCUUCACGGCGAUGAAGAGAAGAUGAAUUUGGAUUUGCAAGCUAAGGUUAUCGAAGCUAAGGUGUGGUCAAGUACGAUAAACGAGAAAAUCCCUAAGAUUGUGGCUAAAACUCCAAUAGUGACGCCUCCUGGAGAGCCAGAGACGAUCAAUACAUGGGAAUUGAUGGAAGGUCUUGAAGAUGUUAGUCCUUUACGAUCACCGAAUCACUUGAGGAGCUUCUCCUUUGAUUUUGUUCGUAUCCAACCUAGUCAUGAUCAUGAUCAUGAUGUUGCUGUUUCCUUUGAUCUUCCUAAAUCAAGGUUUCAUGAGAAUGUUAAGUCCAGUUGCAGAGUUGAUGAUUUGGAUCCACCUGAUAUAGUUUCAAGGUUCAAAAGAAAGACUUUAGGUAAAGAAAGAGUGGUACUUUACUUCACAAGCCUUAGAGGUAUAAGGAAAACAUAUGAAGACUGCUGCAAUAUCCGGAUAAUACUGAAAAGCUUAGGAAUUCGGAUCGAUGAGCGCGAUGUAUCGAUGCAUUCGGGUUUCAAAGAUGAGCUGAAGAAGCUCUUGGAGGGUAAAUUCAACAACGGCGUUGGAAUAACCCUGCCUAGAGUUUUCUUGGGGAACAAGUAUCUUGGCGGAGUAGAGGAGAUUAAGAAGUUGAAUGAAAAUGGGGAACUUGAAAAGCUGAUAAAAGACUGUGAAAUGGUUGAAGAUGGCUCACCGGGUUUUGGUAACGAAUGUGAGGCUUGUGGAGAUGUUCGGUUUGUGCCGUGUGAGACAUGUUCAGGCAGCUGCAAACUUUACCACGAAGGCGAAGAAGAAGACGAAGGAGUUACAGAGUAUGGAUUUCAAAGAUGUCCAUAUUGUAAUGAGAAUGGAUUGAUCAGAUGUCAUGUGUGUUGUGAGUGAGUCAAUAUACAAAACUCAGUUUCCCUUUUUAUUUUUUGGGUUUACUAAUUUUUCAUUUUGUGACCAUGUUGAGGCUCUAGUAGAUAUUGUUUGAAUUGUACAGUGGGGUGCUAAUUGAUAUGUAAAGCAGAUUUUUGGUCAAAAUAAAAAAUCGAGGGAGGUUGGGGUGUUGUUGUAACACCAAACCAAAACAAUAGAAAGUAUGUGGUUUUUUUUUUUGUAUUUGUUUAAACCUAUGACUUAUUUCUAUUACAUUCAA